CUUCUUUUCUUUUCCCAUAGAUAUAUAUAUGAAGCGGUGUCCCUUCUCCCUGCCUUCCUUUCAGCUUCUUUGAUCUUUUAGCUCUGUCUGUCCGUCCGUCUGUCCAGUUCGUUGAAAGUUUUUUACUUGUGCUGAAUACACAACGCCAUCUAUCGGACCAUAACAGUAACGUAACACACACGACUGUACGCGAAGAAGAAGAACGGAGGUUAGGGAAAUGGUUUCUUUUAAAAGCUUUCUUGCUACGGCCGUGAUCUCUGCUGCGACACUCACAUACGCGCAGAGCUCGUCGCCAGUGCAAGGCUUCACUGACCGGAGUUCGACCUUUGUCGCCAACUGGAACCUCCCUGCUUCUGGGGACGAUGUCUUCUUGCAUAUCCGGGGGCCUACGAGCGCAGGAUGGAUCGCGACGGGAAUUGGCUCGGCGAUGAGCGGUUCCUUGAUGUUUAUUAUUUACCAGAACGGGGAAGGGAAUGUUACCUUUUCACCUAGACUUGGGACGGGUGAAGUCGAACCGAAAUUCGAAUCGUCAAUCCAGUUCGAACUGCUCGAGGGCACUGGGGUCCAGGGGGAGUUAAUGACCGCAAACAUCAAAUGCAGUAAUUGCAGAACCUGGGACGGCGGUAGCCUUGCCGUGACCUCGACAAACCAAAACUUCAUUUGGGCCAUCGGUGACCAGACGGUCACCUCAAAAUCCCAAACCGAAACCCUCAGCAAGCACGUCCGUAAUGGCUUUUAUCGCCUCGACAUGACACAGGUCACUGGCGGCGACUCACCGAACCCGUUUGUGAGCGGCGACUCGGCCAGCGGUACCGCGUCCGGAGGAGCAGAAGCGACUGGGAGUUCGAGUUCGAGUGGUUCGAGUUCGGGUCGUGGUGCGAGUGCGAGUGCGACUGGGGGUUCGGGUGGAAGUAGUACUAGCUUUUCGCCGCCGAUGACGAAGGGUGAUAAGGUUCUUAUUGCGCAUGGUGUCAUAAUGGGCGUAGUCUUCAUCCUCCUCUUCCCCUUCGGCGCGGCGCUGGUGCGCCUUCUAAACAACCGCAUACCAAACGCCUUCGCCCUCCACCGCGGCUUACAAAUUCUAAACUUCAUGCUCGCAGUGGUGGGCAUGGGAAUGGGCAUUUGGCGGAGCAAGAUAUCCAAUUCUCACUACAAAUUUUUCCACCAGUACUUCGGAACUAUCAUAAUUGCCCUCCUGCUCGUGCAAGCCAUGCUCGGCCAGCUCCACCACAACGUCUACCUCAAGACGCAGAAGCGGAGCUUGUGGAGUUACGCUCACAUCUGGCACGGACGCUUCGUCAUUGUCGCUGGCAUAGUCAAUGGCGGGAUCGGAUUGUCGCUGCCAAGGACUGAUGCUCCUCAGAGUGCUGUGGUGGCGUAUUCGGUGGUGGCGGGUGUGGUCGGUGUGGGAUAUUUGGUGUUUUAUUUCUUGAAGGAGAGGAGGAAGGAGGUUGGCGUUUCUCCUUGAUUUUUUUCUCUUUUUUGGCUUUCCCGAAUUUGUGUUUGCGCUUGGGAUGAGGUGGAAGGGAUAUAGUUGUGGUUAGUAUGAUGGUCUUUGUUUCUUGUGUUAUAUGGGUUUCGCAAUUGGCGAUGGUGGAUUCGAUAUGAUAUCCUUUUCCUUUUCCUUUCCUUUUUCCUUUUUCCUUUUUCCUUUUUUUUUUUUUUUCAUUAAGCCCCUCCCUCUCCUCCCCUCCCCUUUCCCACUCCCCCACAGAGUACCAUAUGAUAGUAGGAAUCAGUCCGAUCUAAUCUGACCCGUCUUUACUCUUGAUAUCGCCUCCCAUAAUACCCAAAUACCGUCCCCCCCCUUCCCCAAUCCACACUUGUUGUUGAAAAUAGGAAAUGAACCAAACCUCCACGGCGCACGUGGCCCUACUGCAACCCCCGUGCAAGUGCUGUACACACUUCCAGUUUCUCAACGCCAGUGAUGGCGUACCAGCCUGAUAAUCCAUACGAGUUGUAGGAUUGUUACGGGCGAGGGGAUGCGAAGGAGUAUCAUUCGUAGGGGGGUGGGCAGUGGCGUUGAGGUUUGGUCCGGUCCGGUUUGGCUUGGUUUGGCUUGUUGAUAAACGGGGGGGGUAGAUGGGUAUAUGGGUUGGGUCGGGACUAAGUUAUCAUUCUUGUGUCUUUUUUUGGUAGUUGGGUACGGACUUUAUCAUACCACAUUUGCACACAUAUCGGGUGCUUAUGGAAAGGUGAAGGAUGUUUUUUUUUUACUUUUUUCCCAUUACUUUAUGAUCACGUGAGGAUCUUCAGGGUUUGCAUUGCAUUGCAUGACAUGGCAUAAGUUACUACGGACAAUGUACCGGUAGUCCAUGAU